AUGUGGAAGUCCCGGAGGCCAGGGCCUUGGUUGCGAGCAACGUCAGCGAGACCACCUUCGUCGAAGUCGGUCUGCGAAUCCCGGGAGAGCGGCACAAACCGACGCGAUCCGCCUCAGUGCGCGAGGGUCCGGCUGGACAAGCGAAAGGGAAUCGUUCGAGUCACGGCACGUUUUGACAAAGUCAAGCAUGGUGGGAGAUAUGGCAAUACCGAUAACCAUGGUCAGCGUCUGGAGCACGGUAGCCCCACGCGCUCGAGCCGCCGAGCCAGCAGCGAUGCAGGAAACAUUGAUGACAGUCGCACUGUGGGUGAGAGGCGAGGCAGGAGUCAUGAACGAGAUAAUCGAGUGUCCAGCAGGUCACCACGCGGGCGGACACGUGGAGAAAGAGCAGCGUCAGGCGAAAGCGACACGUCCCGUGAACGCGGAAGCAGCGACGGAAGCGCGUUCGGACACAGAAGCAGAGACCGCCAUGGUGAAGAGGACAGACGAUAUCGCCCAGGGCCUAGUGGUAGCAGUUCGACUGCUGCUUUCGGUCGCCUUGAGUCCAAAUCUCCGCGGGCGGAUGAGUUGAACAACGAGGGUCGUGGUCAAAGAAGCGGUGGUGGGUCUGCUGGGGGCUUGGCCCGGGGAGACAGAGUCGAGGCAAGGUACAGAGGCCGCGGCACCAAGUUCUACAAGGGCAGGAUCUCGAGAAUAAACAGUGACAAAACGAUGGAUAUUGCUUAUGAUGACGGAGAAAAGGAGAUUGGGAUUGCGGCAGAGCAUGUUCGAUCUUUGGAGCCAACAGCCGGUGACAGGCGCGGGAGGACAAGCAAGAUGGCAAAGGGAGACAGAGUCGAGGCGAGGUAUCGCGGAAAGGGAACCAGGUUCUACAAGGGCAAGAUCUCCAGAGUCAAUAGUGACCAGACAUUCGACAUUGCUUAUGACGACGGGGAAAAGGAGAUUGGGAUUGCGUCAGAGCAUGUUCGAUCUUUGGAACCGAUGAACAGCGACAGUGGUGAUGUCAGAGGGAGCAAGAUGGCACGGGGAGACAGAGUCGAGGCAAGGUACCGCGGAAAGGGAACCAGGUUCUACAAGGGCAAGAUCUCCAGAGUCAAUAGUGACCAGACGUUCGAUAUUGCCUAUGAUGACGGGGAAAAGGAGAUUGGGAUUGCGUCGGAGCAUGUUCGAUCUUUGGAACCAGCGAUGAGUGACGGUGGUGGUGUCAGAGGGAGCAAGAUGGCACGGGGAGACAGAGUAGAGGCGAGGUAUCGCGGAAAGGGAACCAGGUUCUACAAGGGCAAGAUCUCCAGAGUCAAUAGUGACCAGACGUUCGAUAUUGCUUAUGACGACGGGGAAAAGGAGAUUGGGAUUGCAGCGGAGCAUGUUCGAUCUUUGGAACCGAUGAACAGCGACAGUGGUGGUGUCAGCGGAAGCAAGAUGGCAAAGGGAGACAGAGUCGAGCGGAGCAUGUUCGAUCUUUGGAACCGAUGA